AUGGGGAAAAGAUCAAAGAGUUCGAGGAAAGGUAAGAAGGAGUGGAGGGCUAACAUAAGCACAGAGGAUAUAGACGAUUUCUAUGAGAAAUCCACUAAAGACGCUCUCUCCGGCGGCUCACUCGCCGACGUUCCCAGCGACUCCCUUUUUUUCGUCGACAAGUCCAGAGACCUUUCUGUCAAGAGAAAGAUUGAAAAGCACCGGGAAAAAACGCUUCAUUCUGAUAGUUUGCUGAAACGGAAUCCCUUCGUUCAAACCAUACCCACUAAUAAACAGAGAGAAUCCAAGAAACAAAAAAAACAAGUUAAAUUUCCCAAAGUUGAGGAUCAGGAUUCUCAAAAGGACAAUGGAGGCUUAGUGGACAUUUGGGAUGAUAAAGGUGAAACCAAUGUCAAAAUUAAAAAGAAGCCCAAGCCUUCCAUUAUACCUGCAGUCGAAGUUGAUCCCGCUGGAUGCUCAUUUAAUCCAGACUUUGAAUAUCACCAGGAUUCAUUAGCUCGUGCUGUUGCGGAUGAAAUGAAGAAAGUUUACCGAAAUGAGCUAGGACCUGCACCAGUUCCCCUAACUGUUCCUGGAGAAGCUGUUGAUGAAGAGGACAUGCUUUUCCUUGAGGCAGAUGCUGGAAGCGAUGAAGAAGAUCAAGAUGAGGGUGUAGCAAAGGAUGGUGAUGAGGACAUUAAUCAAAGGGUCAUUAAAACUAAAAGGGUGACAAGAGUUGAACUGAAUCGGAGAGCGAGGCGCAAAGAACGGUUAAGAGCAGAAGAAGAAGCCAAACAAGUGAAGAAACUCUCUUCUGAAAUUGACAGUAUACCAGAUAUUUUGGCAGAGAUAGAGGAAGAAGAUGCAGAGAAGGAUAAGAAGCAUCUUCGUCGUGUUGUUGCUAAACAAGAAAUGCUAAAAGCUCGUCCACCACGCAUGGGAAAGUACAAAUUUGAGCCUGCACCCGUUCAAGUUUUGUUGUCUGAAGAAAUCAAUGGUUCCCUCCGAAAGCUCAAGGCGUGUGCUACUCUUGCACGAGAUCGGUUCAAGAGCCUUGAGAAAAGAGGACUUGUUAUCCCAUCUAAGAAGACUGGCAGGCAUUUUGGUACUGGAGACUUGGGGAGUCUGUUUAGGACAUCAAAAACAAGAACGAUCAUGCGAAUUUUAGCAACGAGACUCGCUUCGUACUUGUCUACAACAAGAAGAAGAUAUCCCAUCAAUACGCAAUCUCGCCAUUUCUGUUCAUCUUCUCGGGGGAAAGUAGAUGAAAAAGCACUUGAGGAGGAAGCAGAAAGGAAAAUAGGAUGGUUUUUGAAACUACUGUUUGCUGGGACAGCAACAAUCGUGGCCUAUCAGUUCUUCCCAUAUAUGGGCGAAAAUCUAAUGCAGCAAUCUGUAUCCCUUUUACAUGUCAAGGAUCCCCUGUUCAAGAGAAUGGGUGCUUCGAGAUUAGCUCGCUUUGCAGUAGAUGAUUAUAAAAGGAUGAAGAUAGUUGAGAUCGGUGGGGCUAAAGAGCUUCUUAACAUGUUGGAAACUGCUAAAGAUGACCCUACACGGAAAGAAGCUCUGAGGGCACUUGAUGCCAUUUCAAAAUCAGAUGAAGCUGCUUUGUCAUUGCUAAAAGCUGGAGCACUUUCAGUCAUACGGUCCCUUCCUGAUUCUUCUGAUGACGCGGAGGUUGAAAAGUUCAAGUUAAGUUUGUUGCAAAGAUACCAAGAUAUAUCAAGAAGAGAUUGGCAUGAUAUAUUUGUUAUCAUGGAGAAACUGGCAAAGGUAUCCGAUCAAGAAAUUGCCAUAGAAUUCUUUCUGGGUCGGAAAUGCCGGGCCAAUAUAGCAGUAAGCUCUCUGGUUUCCUCUGACCCAGUAGCCUUCAAGUUCUUAACUUCGUCUCCCCAUAAAUUCCUCGUCAACCCGCCCGCCGGCCUUAUUCCGCCGUUAUCCACCACCACCGUCCAAGUCAUCCUGAAGCCACAAUCUGAACUUCCUCCCACUUAUCCACGCUCUCCUUCAGACCGUUUCCUCAUCAAAACCGCCAUUGCAUCCGACCUCAACCCAACCCAUCAUCCAGAAUUCAUCAACUCCUGGUUCAAUUCUAAUCCCCACAUUCCCACACGUGACAUUAAACUCAAGGUUGCAUUUGUGGGACCCUUCCUGCUCCACCAUGCAGUGGGCCUUGGCGACAUUCACGCCGUUAGAAGCCUAAUCAAGCGUCAAAAAUCAUUGGUUUCGGACCUCUCGGUCCAGGAUGCUGACUCGCUGCACGAAGCGGCGAGGAAGUCUGAAAGGAUUAACCAAGAUAAUGGCAGUAUGGUUGAUUUGCUUGUGGAGGCUGGAUUGAACGUUGCCCGCAAACGCACUGACGAUGGUUUAUUUCACGACGUAAGCCUGGCUGCAAAGGGUUGGGCCGAAUUACACGCGGCGGUGGCGUUUGAUCGGACGGACGAGGUUGAGAGAAUAGUGAGGACGAGGGAAUACGGGUCUUUGGAUAGUAGAGAUAAGGAGGGACAGACGCCGUUGCAUUUGGCGGCGAGUAAAGGACAUUUGGAGUGUGCUAAGAUUUUGGUCGGUGCAGGCGUCCAUGUGGACGCGCGGAGUAAAGACGGUCGGACAGCUUUAUUUAGGGCCGCUGCAAAUGGGGACCGUCCGAUGGUGGAGUUGCUAAUUAAGAUGAAUGCCGACCCCAACAUAGCUGAAAAACACCAUGGCCGUUCGGCUAUUGAUGUUGCCCGAGAUAAGGGACAUGAUGAGGUAGUCAAAUUACUCGGGCGAGGUGAGGCAGUACUUCGUGCAGCACGGCGUGGAGAGUUGAAGCUUCUUGAGUUGUUGCUGCAGAGAGGCGCAUUUGUCGACUUCUGUGAUCAGCAUGGUUUGACAGCACUUCACAUGGCUGCUAUCAAAGGGUUUAAAGAUGCAGUUCUGAAACUCGUCGAAUUUGGGGCUGCCCUGGAGUGCCAGGAUGCUGAAGGGCACACCCCUUUACAUAUGGCUGUUGAAAGUGGCUGUCUUGAAACAGUUGAGGUUCUGAUAAUUCGAGGGGCAAAUGUGAAUGCCAUGAGCAAGAAAGGCGCAACUCCUUUGUACAUUUCGAAAAUGAUGGGACACAAUGAUAUAUCGUGCCUGCUUAUAAACAAAGGGGCAACGAAUUCAGUUUCCUCUGCUUCCACCGCUUUGGUACCUUUGUAG